AUGAUCCCAGUCGCUCAUGCAAGCAGCAAAGAACGAUCCCUACGAGAAUGGCUUCUCAAGGCUGACCUUCCACAGGUCACUAUUAGAUCAAUCAUAGCUGGUCUUCUCAUUGGAUCCAUUGUCCUUUUUUCAAACUUUCAGUUUGGUCUACAAACCGGUUGGGUAUCCAUGAUGUCUCUUCCAUCAUCACUUUUGGCUUUUGCACUGUUUAGAACUCUCCAACAUAGCUACUCAGCAACAAAUAACUCAGACAGACCUAGGUUUUUGGCCUUUCUCGAUACCCCCUUCACUGACGUCGAAAACGUGUUUGUUCAAAGUUUAGCCGUGGCCGUGGGAACUGGACCCUUGGCUUUUGGCUUUGUCGGUGUCAUACCUGCAAUUGAAAAAUUCUUAACCCCAGAAGAAGCAGGGCUCUCACCAUCCUCCAGUAAUGAUCCUCCCAUCUUUUCGUUAUUUACUCGGAGAUCUGAACAAACAGGCGAUUCACCAAUCUCUUUUUCGUUAAUUCAACUAAUUAUGUGGUCAUCUGCUCUUGCCUUUUUUGGUGUUUUUUUCGGCGUCUUGCUUCGCAAACAAAUCAUUGUCAAAGAAAAGCUCCGAUUCCCAUCUGGCAGUGCAACAGCAACCAUGAUUGCAGUUCUUCAUCAAAAUGAAAUCUCAGAUAUUCAUGACGAUUAUGUUUCUCCAAACCAAUAUUCUUUAGAAGACGACUAUAAUUACGAUGACGACGACAACGACCCAGUUACCCAAGAUCCAGGCUAUGAUUCAAUGUCUAAUAUUGAUACCGACAGUGAGGAUCCCAAUCAGGAAAUUAUGAGACCUUCAGAUACUUCACGCUUAGAACACUUGUCUAAAAAAAUUUAUUCUGAAAAUAUCCGUAUUUUGCUUUUCUCUUUUGCUGUUUCUGCUUCAUACUCACUAUUUUCUUACUUUUUCCCUAUCUUAAGAAACAUUCCACUUUUUGGUAAAAACUUGGCGAAAAACUACCUCUGGACUUUCCAGCCAUCUCCUGCAUAUGUCGGACAGGGUAUCAUUAUGGGGCUGCCAACAGUCUCUGCAAUGCUAUUUGGAGCAAUUCUUGGAUGGGCCAUCUUGGGACCCAUGGCUCAGCGCAAUGGAUGGGCUACAGGCCCAGUUGAUGAUUGGAAAACUGGAGCACAAGGUUGGAUCUUAUGGGUUUCACUUGCAAUAAUGGUUGCAGAUACAGUGGUUUCAUUUUUAACCAUAACUGGAAUUUCACUUCAAAAAGCAGUCUUUCGGAAUAAUAGCAACAGUAAUACUGCUACAACCACCCAAAACUCAGAAGGAACAAGAUUAAAACUUAAAAAUGUGUUUAAUAUUAUCGAUCGGUUUAUCAAGGCAAAGGGGAGUUUAAGUUUUACUUCAUCUGAAAGCCAGCAGCAGCAGCAGCAGCAACAGCAACAGCAUAACGGCUACACCACAUUGAACACUGAAGCGGAUUCUUUUGAUUCAUCUAAAAGUUUAAACGAAGACACAGACUCGGAACCAGAUGCUGAACCAAGGCACAUUGUUGGAAUUUCGUUUGCUGUAUUGGGCUUAGUUCUGUCUUGUCUUUAUUGUGUCGUUGCUUUAAAACUGACCUUUUUACUGCCAACUCGAGAAACAUUGACGCUUCCAUCUUUUCAUUUUCAAAUGCCUGUAAUACCUGUGAUUGCUGCGGUGCUUCUGGCGCUUCUCCUUGCCAUUCUGGGUGUCAGGGCUUUGGGCGAAACUGAUUUGAAUCCAGUAUCUGGAAUUGGCAAAAUCUCUCAACUUAUCUUUGCAGUGCUUGUCCCACCCAAGACUCAUCCUGCAGCUGUUUUGAUUAACUUGGUUGCUGGCGGUGUAACAGAGGCUGGUGCUCAACAAGCUGGAGAUUUGAUGCAGGACCUUAAAACUGGUCAUCUCAUUGGAGCUUCCCCCAGAGCUCAGUUUAUUGCUCAAGUUAUUGGGUCUAUUUGGUCUGUAAUUUUGUCUGCUAUCGUUUACAGACUUUAUGAUACUGUCUACAAAAUUCCUGGUGACACAUUUAGAAUUCCUACUGCAGUUGUAUGGAUUGACUGUGCAAGACUUGUCACCGGGAAAGGGCUUCCGCCUAAAGUAAGUCGCUACGCUUGGGGAUUUGGUCUUGUUUUUGCUUUUUUGGCUAUGAUUAAAACCAUAGCCCCUACACUUGUAUCUCGCUACAACAAAAACACUUCUGAAAGUGAACCCGAGAUAACUGAAACACCUUCAGCUAGAGCCAAGGGUAAAGGUAUUACAAGACACUUUUCUAAUAAUAGUUCAUUGCUAGGGACUACUACGGACUUUUCAAGUUCUAACAUAAACAAUGAAGACUCAUUGGAUAUUACAAUAACAGAUGCUGGAACUUCUACAUCUCAUGAGCCUUCUUCAUUCAAUGUACAAGUUCCACCUGAAGAUUUAGUAGACGAAUACGUAGACACUGCCACUACUGCCGAAAUACCUUCCUCUUCUUCCGGACAUCAAACUUUAAAUACCAUAAAUAACAACUUGGUGAUGCCUUUGGGGGGUGAUGUACUAAUGUCAGCAUCAGCUUCGCGGUGGUCUUCUUCUGUUGGCGAGCCGCUUGGAGCUCUUCUACUGGACUCGACCAAAACGGCAUGGGCGUUUUUCAUACGUAUUGCCUCGCACUGCAUUUUCCAGGCUGCUGUCCAUGCAAGAUUCAUUCCAUCUGGAGUGGCGGUAGGCAUUGGAAUUUAUAACACCCCAUCUUUUACUCUUGCCCGUUUUUUGGGCGGACUUUUUGCUGCAUAUUGGGUUCGACUAAAAAAUAACAGUGAUAAUGAUGCGACCUUGAAGCUUGUGGUUCUUUCGUCCGGACUGGUAUUGGGUGAGGGCGUCUUUAGCAUUAUUUCUUUGAUUAUGACGAGUAUUGGAGUUCCUCAUUUUUAA